AUGACCAUAGUCAAGGAAUCAUGUGUCCUCCCAUGCUGUCACACUUUCUGCCUGGCUUGCGUUGCCCAGCACGUGGCAGUGAGUGAGACGGGAGGCAACAUCACGUGUCCAGUGUGCCGCCAAGAGGCGCCUGUUCCACCAGGUGGACUGGAUAAACUUGUCCGUAACUUCUUUUUGUCCAAGAGGACAAUGUUGGACAUGUUGACAAAAGAAAAAUCGGAAAUAUCCAUGCAACAGAAAGCUGCGCUUGACGACGUAAGCAAAACGGUGACCGACAUAGAACAACAAGAGGUGGAUAUUAUAGAAGAGGUUCAGCGUAUUUCUGCACAGUUGAUAGCGGAAGCAAAAGACCACGCCUCGAAGCUCGUAAAAUCACUAGAGGCUGAGAAAGAUGGCGUUCAACUGCAGAAGGCAGAAACGCAAGACAGCACUUCUAAUGAGGAAAACAUUCCAGUGAAAUGUUUUGUUCUUGUGAAGAAGUAUAAAUGGCUAAAUACUGCAUCUUUGGUGAAUGAGUUUGAUAGCAACACUGGAUAUAUAUGGGACAUAUCAUGCAGUCAAAGUGGGACAACAUAUCUAGUUUAUAACCAGCCGGGUAAACUUACAGCAAUAUCACCAGCUCAUAAGGUGAUAUUUCAGAUUGAUGUAGCAAGUCCCAGGGGUGUCACCGUGCUCAGUGAUGACAGACUGGUGGUUAUAUGCCGGGAUGGAUGCCGAGUUUAUUCUUCCUCCGGGGAACAUGUCCAAACAUUUGGUCAAGGUGACAUGUCCUACCCCCAGGGUGUUACAGUGGACAACGAUGGACACAUACUUGUCUGUGACAGGAACAAUAAAUGUAUCUGUGUGUAUGACGCUGUGAAGUACCAUCUUAUCAAUAAGAUCACUGUUCCUAUGUGUAAAGCUCCACGAUAUAUUGCAGUACUCCCAUGUCGUGACACCAUUGUGGCGAGUGCCUUUGAUGAACACUGUGUAUAUGGAGUGACCCCCAAGGGUGAUGUUGUGUUCCAGUGCGGUACACUAGGUGAGAGCGGCUCAGGUGAUAGAUACCUGCGUUUCCCCUGGGGAGUGUGUACAGACAGCGUGGGUCACAUCUUUAUUGCUGACCAGUACAAUAACAGGGUGGUUGUUCUGACCUCAGAUGGUCAACUGUUAAGAUACGUGAUGGGUCGACAACAGGAUUCCGUACCACUGUGUGUUACCAUUGAUACCAAAGGACAGCUUGUAGUGGGGGAUAUUGGAGGCAAGGUGAAAACAUUUCGCUAUGUAACUACAAGUUAA